AGGAGGGGACAACUUUUUAUUUUUUCAGUCAGCGUCUCCCUACAUAGCUUAGGCUGGCUCGAACCUGUGAUCUUCCCACCUAAGUCUCCUAACUGUUGAGACACUAUCAUGAAAGAUCAACUUAACCUUUGGAUCCUGGAGAUGAUUGAGGCCAAUGCAACUUGAAAACAAGAUUUUGGUGAAGCAGUCACCCAUGCUGGUGGUGGAUAACAACGAAGUCGCCCUCAGCUGCAGGUAUUCACAUAGCCUUCUCUCAAAGGAGUUCCGCGCGUCCCUUUACAAGGGAGUGAACAGCGAUGUGGAAGUCUGCGUUGUGAAUGGGAACUUCUCCUACCAGCUUCAGUUUCACUCAAACGUGGGGUUCAACUGUGACGGGAAACUGGACAACGAAACAGUGACGUUCUACCUCCGGAAUCUCCAUGCUAACCAAACAGAUAUUUACUUCUGCAGAAUCGAGGUCAUGUACCCUCCUCCUUACCUAGACAAUGAGAAGAGCAAUGGGACUAUUAUUCACGUGAAAGAGAAACAUCUUUGUCAUGAUCAGGCAACUCCUAAGCUGUUUUGGGCACCGACCGUGGUUGCUGGGGUCCUGUUAUUUUAUGGCUUGCUAGUGACAGUGGUUCUUUAUAACGUCUGGACAAAUAGCAGGAGGAACAGACUCCUUCAGAGUGACUACAUGAACAUGACCCCCCGGAGACUUGGGCCAACGCGCAAGCAUUACCAGCCCUACGCCCCAGCGAGAGACUUCGCAGCCUACCGCCCCUGACAGGGACCCCUAUCCAGAAGCCAGCCGGCUGGUGCCACUCUACCUGCUCAACACCACUGCUCUGGAUAGGAAAGGAUAGCCUCAUCUUCAGCCGGCCACUUUGGACCUCUUCUGGACCAGCUUUGCUAAUUGUUUCGGAGUGUCUAGAUCUAACAUCACGAUCAUCUUGAGACUCUGGAAUGAAUUUAGAGAAACUUCCAUGGCAGGUUAAAUUCUGCAUGCCUUGACCCAAA